AUGAGUGACGAUAAUACGCAGGAUGUACCGAACUCUGAGCCUCCGCCGGUGAAAGUGGCCAAAAUAAUAGUUCCUCCAGAGAGGGAACCACAGGAAAUCACUACCUCGGUUACUCAGAUAAAGAAAAUAGAGGUUGUUGAGCUGAAGCCGACCGAUAAUCAACCUUUCAACGAUCCUGAGUCGAGGGAUUCACUCGCCGGCUACUGGACGCCCCGUCAAACAAUUCGUCGAAAACUGUCUGACUCCGAAACGAAUCUAGAAAAACGAAACAAGGAAGCUAUGAAGCUUAAGCAACACAAAAGAACAAUGUCAGCCGCCUGUCUCAACGAUUUUGAGAGCAAAAUAGGGAUAAUUAAUAAUCCUGCUAGAAUAGCUGGAACCUCCAACAGAACUCGAUUCCUGGAAGAGAAACAUCGGAACUAUUCUGCCGAUGUUUUACAUCUUGAUGUGGCCAAGUUAGAGUUGGAGAGAAUGACUCAACAACUGCAUAAGUCCUCGUUGAAUCCUUCCAAUCGCCAUUUGGGGACAUCUCUUUCGUCGCUAAACGAUGCCACGAGAGUACAAUUCGGAAUCGCACAAACACCGCCAAUGGUGCACCCGUCGCAGCCAACCUUCUCACCUGUGCUUCGCACUUUCGGUAAAGAACAUAGAGGAGAACUAGAUAUGGCUGAAAAAUAUAAUUAUGAUUUGAGUAAAGCGCAAUUAAAAGCGAGCUCAAGAACAUCAGCGCUGCUUGCUGGUUUCGCUAUGGUAGCUCUUGUAGAAUUACAAUAUGAUGAAGAUACUCCAAAACCGCUACUUAUCGUUCUUGGAGUAGUUACUUCACUCCUUGUAUCCGUUCAUUUACUAGCCCUUAUGAUGUCCACAUGUAUUUUGCCCUACAUGGAAGCAACAGGAUGUACUCAGGAUUCACCACAUCUUCGUCUCAAGUUUUACAUUGACCUAUCAUGGCUUUUUUCCACUUGCAUUGGGCUACUUCUUUUCUUAGUGGAAAUUGCGAUUAUAUUCUUCGUCAAGUUCGAUGCAGUUGGAUAUCGAACAGCAGGAUAUAUCACUACGGCAAUGAUAAUUCCUGUCGUCGUCAUCUUUAUUUUGUUCUCAUAUUUGAUUCAUAAGAACCGUGUAUCCCAUUCCUUGGGACGAUUCAAACAUAAAGUUGAUACCAUGAAACAGUUACUAGAUGUUGAAGCGCAGUUAUCGAAGUCUGCCCCUAAUGCAGCGAUUGGAGCGUCUGUAAUCAAAGAAUUCUAA